UCUCCCUUGGUUCUACUUUCGUUUUAAACUGGUAGCCAUUUGCAUACGACGAGAUCCAUAUAAAGUCAAUAACAGUUUCUGAUUGGCAUUGUCGGCUGGCGGGAAACAUCAGUGGAAGAUGUCGAGGGAGAUGGGGGCCACAGACAGCCGGUCAGAUGGUCGUCCUGGAGAUGGUCAGGCCAGGAGCGGUCAGGAUAGGCUGCCAAGAAAUCGCCAGUCUGGGGGCAGUCAGGGUCCAGAUGGAGCUGGUGAGCGACCAGGACGUAGAGAGGAGGAGGGUGGAGAUGACCAGUCUGGGCGAGGACAAGAGAUGGUCCGGGGUGGUCAGAGUGGCGGCUCUCCAGUGGACCCAGAGGGACCAACAAGGGAUAGGGGCGAAGCCCAAGCUGCAGCUCAGCCCCUUGCUGGUCGGUACAAAGAGGGGGAACAUGGUGUGCAGAGGAAGUCAGUGGCAACUCAGAUUUACGCAACUGAUGAACGCAUGGCCUAUCCAGAUAUGCCUCAUCGUUCAAUGACAGGAGGAACGACUGGUGCAGAGCCUCUACAGGGAGCCCGAUACGGGCAAACGGACGUGUCAAUAUCCGGACAACGAACAUUCUUUCAACAAACGUCACACUGCAUUCACCCCAUAACAGAAUCGAAUCCUGUACAAAUCCAAGGAGCUUCGCAAUUAGAUCCUGCGUCCUUUACUGUCAUGCAUCUCUCAACACAAGCAAUGCCUCCGGGGAUUAAUACUAGUCAGGCAGCUCCUGGUAUAGCCGCGGACCAUUCCCCAGUACUUCCACCUGGAAAUCCACGUGCACAAACCGACCAAGCUGCUCGUGGUGAGCGUCAACAAACGCAAAGAAAGGAAGCGGUUAGUGUUGGUAUGGGUGGCAAUCUUGGGCCACGCAACACAGACACAGAUCAACAUGCUGGUCCUGAUGGUAAUACAGGGUUAAAAUGUAAAACUGGGCGAUGUAGUGCAUCAGCGAUGGUACCAAAAGUUGCCAAUGUGGAAAGAGGGAGAAAAGCUGGAGAGCAUGCACAAGAUAGAGCAGACGACAGCCAAGAUGAGUUGGUCAGACCAAAGGUGAGACAGAUCAAGCAAUAUUCUGCACAUGGCACGCUAGGUACAGACGACAGACAGCAUCAGGUACCAGCUAGGACACAGAUAGCUGCAGAAGGAGAGCCAGGGGCAGACGGCAGACAACAGCAGGUACCAGUGGAGAGACAGAGAGCAGGAGGAGACACAGGGUCAGAAGACAGACAACAGCAGGUACCAGUGGGGAGACAGAGAGCAGGAGGAGACACAGGGACAGACAACAGACAGCAGCCGCUACUAGUGGAGAGACAGAGAGGUGCAGAUCCCGAAACAAAGCCCCCUGAGAAAGGAGAGAGCGUUCCUAAUGUGACAUCUGCUGAAACGCAGACCGGGGAAGGUGUUGUAACAAAAGCAGAGCGUCAAGAAAUGAGUGCUGGAAGAUGCACAGCAUCAGUGAAGCUGUUAUUGGACCAUUCGGGGGAUGAUGCCGAGACACUUGAAGACAAGCAGCACAUCAUCCAUGAGAUGUCAGAAGCUAGCAACCAGAUAAACAAGCACAAGACGGCCUACGGGUUAGCUCUCCAUGUGCUGAAAAGGAAGUCAUGGCAGAUAGAUACAAUAUGGAAAAACUACCCGGCAGGCUGCAACACGUCUGAGAUCGGGGUCCACAACGUCCUCAAGGAACUGGAACACCACAACAAAAAGAUGGGCCAUGUCGUGGAGUACUUCUCGCUACAACACAGCAAACGGCUAGAUAUUAUUCUGCUGAUCCAAAGGAUUCACACGAAAUGUGACUUCUGUGAGAUGAUAUACAAUUCUGUAACCUGACACUUUAUGAAAGAGACCAAGAGACGUUUAUUUCAAUCCUUUGGCCAACACUUGCAGACGUUUUGUCAGCUUGUACCAGGUGUUGAGGAGUUUAACUCCGCAGGAUAAAUUUAACACUGAAGGAUACAUUCAACUUCGCAGGAUAAAUUUAACUCCGUAGGAUAAAUAGGGCUGAGACCCUCGUCAUACAAAUAUAUAACGACAAGAGCCAAUCUCGAUUGUCGGCCGAAACAGAUUCCAUUCGGUGUUAGGGUCAAAUAGCAGUGAAAAUUGAAAAUAAUAUGAAUCGACCACUGUAAAUCAGUGAUGAAACCAAAAGGGUAAGCAUGUAAGAAUGACCCCCUGACGAAUCCGGGGGUGUUCAAUACCGAAACACAUGAUUGUCCUAAGCGUCGACUGACAUGGAUCAAGUAGUCUGGCUCUGUGACCUGGGUGAUUGCCAGUCAUGGUACCUGUGUCAGUCAGUGGCAUGUCUGCUCGAGAUUAUACUUGGAGCGAAAUAUAGCUGACUGACUCGGUAAGAGAUCGGAUGCCAAUGAUACACUAAAGGCUGUAGGGUAUAUGUUUCAUCACUGCUUGUCGGUGAUAAACAAAUAAAACUCACGUGACUCGUAUUAUUUCACGGGGUAUGUCAUCCGUUUUCACAGACAGUUUUGUCUUGGUAAACUGUAUCUACAUAACAAGUAAGUUACAUAGAGAGUGCCAAGUAAAUUAUUAUUAUAUG